UUUGGCUCCGCUAACUACUCUCCAGUUCCUCACUGGAUCAGUGUGUUUGUUCUUCAUAUCCUGGGCCGACUGGUACGGCUUCCUCCAAAGCCCAGAGAUGUAAAAGACAACACAGUCAUCCAAAAUCCUGCAGCACAAGGUAGUAUAUCAGACCUGGGAUGUGAUUUUACACAGGCAAAAUUAUUCAUGCAGUCAUGUGCAUUUCAACUAGCUUCAGACAUUUUUGGACAUGUUGAUAUAAACAGUCGAAGUUGCCAUCACCCUCCUCCUGUGUCUCCUCUGCAACAGAAAUGAAAGUCUCUUCUCUGGUGGAAGAGGACAGCGGCGCUCCAGUGCAGAAAAGAUCACUGAAUGAGGACAAGGCCCUGGAGGAGCUGAGGAGCCUGGGUAAGGAGCUUCAGGCUCUCUGCCUUCAGUUGGAGCAGCAGCAGAGUGGAAACCAGGGCUCGGAGGAGUGGAUCCAGGUGGGUUUGAUCAUAGACCGCCUGCUGUUCGCCCUCUACAUCCUCUUCAUAUUAGUCAGCUUCAUUACCAUCAUCAUUAUCUGGAGACAGUCACACAACAUAGCCUGAUUAUCCUUUUUAGUCAGUAAGUUUGUUUGUUUUUCAUAUUUUGGAGGCAUUUGUGAAUUAUUAUUUGUACGAGUGAUCUGCCAGUUCAUAUCAUCAUCAUCUUCCUCUCCCCCCUGAAACCUAUCAUAUUAAUGUUGUCUGGCAUUCCUGUUUGUACAUUUUCAGGUUCUAUAUCUUCUCUUUUUCUGAUGUUGUUUGCCACACUUUUAUUGAUCUAGGAAUGGUGACAUUCACAGUGGGCGAUGUACAUAUUCAUGAAACUUAUAAACACAAGUUCCUCCUUUGCAUGUAUUAUUUAUAUAAAUAUGUAAAACAGUAAAAGUGU